AUGUCGGCUACCCUGGUCCCGCCGCUGCAGCAGAAGUGCCUGCACGUGCUGGCCUCCUCGCUGGUGGGCCAUGCCACCUGGCAGCAGCGCCUCGGCGGCUUGCAGGCAGGUGUGGCCGCCCUGCCGCAGGAGCUUCGCCUGGAGCUGCUGCUGGUGCUGGCGGGAUGGCAGCUGCUGGAUGAUGCGGCAUGCAGCCUGCUGGUCGGGUCAUUUGCUGGCAGCAGCCAGGGCAGCAUCCUGGCAGGCGCAGCCUGCGUCAGCCUGGCUGGCUGCGCCCUGCUGCGGGGCGCCAGCCUGGCCAGCCUGUUCUGCGCCCCUCUGGCCCAGCUGCACACGCUGAGCCUGAAGGGCGUGGCGCGCCUGACGGACGCUGAUGUGGCGCUGCUGACUCAGCGCUGUCCCGCCCUGCGGCGACUGGACCUCUCAAAGUGCCUCCAGCUCACGGCGGCAGCGGUGGCAGCGGUGGCGGCCGGCCCGGCGGCGCCCCGCCUGCAGGCGCUGGCCCUGGCGGGCUGCUGGCAGGUGGCUGCGCUGCCGGGGCUGGACGCGUGCCGCGGGCUCACCUCGCUCAACCUUAGCGGCUGCUGGCAGCUGACAGAAGCCUCAGUGCAGCAGGUGCUGGCUGGCACCCCGCUGCUCAAGGAGCUCAGCCUCGCCUCCUGCGCCCAGCUGGGGAGCGGCAUCCUCGUCAGCGUCUCCCUCCCCGCUGUCCCGCAGCCGGCGCUGCUGCCAGCGCCAGAGCGCCUGCAGCCGCAGGGGGCCGCGGCCGCCGCGCCAUUUGUGAGGCGGCAAAACGGCGAACUGGCGGCAGGGGCAGCAGCACACGCAGGCGAAGCGCACGCCUGGGGCGAGGCGGCGCAAGGGCUGCAGGAGCCUGCCGCUGUGGUUUGGGGUGGCGAGGCUGAGGCGGAGGAUGAAGCGGCGGCAGCAGACCAGGAGGAGGAGCACGGCAUAGAGGAAGCUGCCGAGCGGCUGCAGCUGCCUAUUGACGGCGUGGCCUUGCCGCGGCUGCGCAGCCUGGACCUUUCCGGUACCGCCGCCAACGACUGCCUCCUGUACUGGCUGGCGCAGCGCUGCUGCGGCCGCCUGCAGAAGCUGGCGCUGGGUGGCUCACAAGUGACGGGGCUGGGCCUCUCUGCCCUGCUGCUGGCCAAGCGGGCUCUGCUGCAUCACCAGCGCUGCGCCGCCAGCCGGCCCAGCAACGAUGCAGACGCCGUUCCCGCGCCAGCGGCGGCAGCCGAGGCGCCAGCGGGAGUGCUGGCGCUGCUGGAGCUCGCCGCGGCAGGCACGGCGGCAUUCUCGGCCGCAGCGCAACAUCACGCGCUCCCGGCAGCCCAGCUGCAGGCUGUGCAGAGACAGUGGGAGGCGUCGCAAGGCGGCGGCCUGCACCUGCACUUUGCUAGCAGUUUCGGUGACGGCAGCCUCGGCAGCAGCCCGCUGCCUCCCCCGCUGGUCUGGAGCCUGCUGUCGCCGCCGGCAGACGUCAGCUGCCUCUACUGCCAAGCCGCCCACGCGGCUGCCUGGCCUCCUAGUAGCCCUGCAGAGGUGCUGGCGGCGCUGGGCCCAGCGUGCCUGUCCCAGCUGCAGGCGUUGGAUGUGGGCGGCAGCGACGGCACGGGCGCUCUGGCUGAAGUGAUUGCCGCAGAGUGCAGCUCCCUGCAACGCCUGCGCCUGGCGGGCUGCACCGGCCUCAGCGACGCCAGCCUGGCUGCCGUGCUGAGCCGCCUGCCGGUGCUGCGGGACCUGGAUGUGUCUGGCUGCACCGGCAGCCGCGUGUGCCGCCCAGGCUCCCGCUUCCUGCGCCACAAGGCGCCCCGCCAGCAGCUGGGCGGCGUCACGGACGCCUCGCUGCGCCUCCUGGCCCUCCGCCCUCCACUGCAGCUCGACGGCGCCUCGGGGCCAGCGGCAGCGGGAGCUGCGACGCCAGGCAGCGCUGCGGCAGAUGCGUCGCAGGCACCCGCCGCUCUAGUGGCCCUGAAUGCCGGCGGUCUGUCCAUCACGGAUGCUGCCCUGGCCAGCCUGGCAAGCUGCUCAGCCCUCACCAGCCUCGUGUUGCGCUGCUGUAAGCGCAUCAGCGACAGCGGCCUGCUGCAGCUGCUGUUGCACUGCCCAGCAUUGGCCAGGCUCGACGUCGGCGGCUGCUCCCAGCUGACCGCCGCGGGGUUUGGCUGCUACACGCCGUUCGGCAGCCAGCCGCGGCAGCCUGGGGACGGCAGCACAGCAGGGACACGCACGAGCGGCAGCAGCGGGGGGGCGGCCAGCCACGCAGAGGCUCAGCAGGGUCAGCAGGCCCAGCUGGCGUCGUUCCGGCGUGUGGUGUCCACCGCUGCGGGUGUGCAGCUGCAGCGGGCGGCGCUGCCCAAGCAGGCCUGCACCCGAGAGGUCCUUGCCUGGCUGGCGGGCCAGGCUAGCAGCAGCAGGGGCGGCAGCAGAAGCAGAGGAGACGGGGAUGCAGGCAGCGGCAAUGCCACCUGCCGCAGCAGCGGUGGCGGCAGCGGCGGCGGCGGCGGCAGGGGGCCGGCGGGCUGCUCGCCUUUGCAGCGCCUGGAGCUCGCCUCUUGCGCCGCGCUUGCCGAGGCAGAUAUCCUGGCAUUGGCAGCCUGCUGCCCGCUGCUCAAGUCGCUGCAGCUGGGGGCCGCCGCGGCGGCAGCCGGCAGCAGGCUGUGUGCGGCGCUCGCAGAGCACACCCGCCUUCUCACCCGGCUGGCCAUCGGCGGCGCCAGCUUGGCAGAUGCGGACCUGGCGGCGCUGCUGCACGGCCUGCCAGCCCUGCAGCAUCUGGACCUCUCGGGCUGCCCCUCCCUUACCGGCUCGGCAUUCAGGCAGCAGCUGGCAGAAGCAGAAGCGCAGCGAGCGGCUGCAGCGCAGGGCGUGGCAGGUCCUGGCAGCGGCAGCCGCGGCGCCGGCAGGGCGGGCGAUGGCGGCUGCUUCCUGCUGCGCACGCUGCGUUUGGAGGCGUGCCCCGGCGUGGACGAUGCCGGCGCGGCGGCAGCGGCAGCCUGCUGCCCACACUUGGAGACGCUUUCGUUUCGGCAGUGUGCACGUGUGACGGCUGCCGCGGCUGCCGCCGCCCUGGCCUCCUGCCGCAACCUUCGCCAGCUGCUGCUGGGCGGGACGGGCGUGGCGGAGUGCAGCGCACUGCCUGCCUCGCGCCUGGCGCCAGGCGCCAGCGCCCUGACCCUGGUAGAGCUGCCCGUCCGCGCCGGCCGGUGGGUCCCCGCCUGGCAGCAGCUGCUGGGCUGCAGGGACGAUGUGUGCGCCCCGCCCGCCGCCGCUGGCGCCACCGGCAGCAAGGGGCGGGGCGGCGAGGCGCUGUCUCAGGAAGACUAUGGCUUGUUCGUGCGCUUCCUGCACAUGGCAUCGCCGUAUGUGGCGGGGCACCGCGGCCGCACGUUUGUUGUGGUGGCGAGCCGCGACCGCCUCUACCCCCUGCUUGAAGACAUCCUGCUGCUGCACGGCCUGGGGGUCAAGCUGGUCAUUGUGUGCGGCGCGCACGCGCAGAUCAGCGAAUACCUGCGGGCUCGGGGACGGGAGCGGCAGCUGGUCGGCGCAUACCGUGUGACAGAUGAGGUGGCGAUGCAAGGAGCCAUUGAGGCGGCGGGCACCACCACCACCGUCGUGUCUGCGUUCCUGUCAAAGGCGCCCAGCAUCCCCGUCGUGCGCCGCCACGCGCGCAGCGAGGGCGGCCAGUUCCACUUUGCCCCCGCGGUCCAGGUCGUGAACGGCAACUACGUGACAGCCAAGCGGCGAGGCAUCGUGAAUGGGGUCGACUUUGGCCAGAUGGGCAUGGUGCGGUUUGUGCAGCGCAGCGCCAUCGAGCAGCAGCUGGCCGCGGGCAACCUGGUGCUGCUGACAAACAUCGGGGUCAGCAGCUCAGGAGAGCUGCUCAACUGCAACGCCUUUGAUGUGGCCACCCACGCCGCCACCGAGCUGCGGGCAGACAAGCUGCUGAUCAUCACGGGAGAGGAUGUGCGGGCACUCAGCCUGCCCCACUACCUGCCCCUGGAUGAUGCGGAGGCAAUGAUAACGGCCAGCGUGUGCGGCGGCGACCAGGCCUGCAUCACCACCUCCCUCGAGAAGCUGGGCCAUGCCGAUGCAGCCGAGAAGGCGAGCCGCGUGGCCGCCGCCUCUGGCAGCGACAGCAGCGACGGAGAGGGAGGCGGCGGCAGCGGCCAGGCCCGUUGGUAUGGCAGCGGCGAGCAGGAGGCCGCUGGCGGCGGCCGCUGGGACGGCGGCAGCUGGGACGGCGGCAACGGCAGCGACAGCGGCAGCGGCGACGGCAGCGGCGUGUGGCAGGGCAGCGAGCGGCAGCAGCUGGAGAGCAGCUGGCGGCAGCAGGAGGCGGCGGGGGGGCGGCGGCAGGGUGUGGAGCUGGCGCUGGAUCUGGACAGCUGGCAGCAUGUGGGAUACCCCACGGCGGUACUGGCGGCGGUAGUGGCCUGCAAGAAUGGGGUGAAGCGGGCACACCUCAUUGACGCCGACAGCGACGGCGCCCUGCUGCUUGAGAUGUACACGCGGGACGGCACCCCCGGCGUGUGCAUGAUCGCGGCGGACCUCUAUGAGGGCAUCAGGCCUGCAGAGGGGCGCGACGUGCCCGGCCUGCAGCAGCUGCUGGGCAUGCUGGCGGCCGAGGGCUUCACGCUGCCCUUCCCCGUCGACGACGUGCCGGUGCGCCUGCAAGACGUGACUGUGAUCGAGCGGGAGGGCAAGGUGCUGGGCUGCGCCGUCGUCUGCGAUCUGGGGGACUCUGCCGACGCGGUGCGGGUGGCCGAGCUGGGCGCCUUUUGCGUACACCCCGCGUACCGCCGUGCCGGCUUCGGUGACAGCCUGCUGGAUUACGUGGAGCAGGAGAUGCGGCAGAAGGGGUACCGCCGGGUGGCCAUCGUGGCUGGGCAGGGAUCAUAUGAGUGGUUUGCCCAGCGCGACUUUGCGCGCGUGGGCGCCGCCGCCAACUCCAUCCUGCUGCCGGCCUGGCGCCAGCAGGAGCUGCAGGCGGCGGCCGCGGCGGCCCCCAACGCCGCGCCCGCCCAGCUGCUGGUCAAGCCCAUUGUGGAGCUGGAUGCCUCGGUGGCGGCGCAGCCGGGCAAGCGCAUCGGCUUCUAG